UGUAAUGUCAUGUUUCAUAUACAUUUUAGGUAUGCGAAUGUACAGCAAAAUUUGUAAUACUAUUUCCAAGAUGUCUCGUGCACAAAUAACAACACUAAAGUUAAAUAAACAAGAACUUCCUAAACAACCAGUUCCAGAUUUAAAAUUAACUGCGAAAAGAUAUUUAAAAUCUGUAGAACCAUUACUGAAUGAAAAUGAAUACUGUAAUACUAAAAGAAUUGUUGAGGAAUUUAUUUCAGAAAAUGGUUGUGGUUCUUCACUACAUCAAAAAUUAUUGAAAAGAUAUGAUAAUACUGAUAAUUGGAUGAGUGCUUGGUGGUUAAAUACAGCAUAUUUAGGUUAUCGAGCUCCUGUUAUAGUUAAUUCCAGUCCUGGUACCGUUGGUCCACCUUUAAAGUUUAAUCGUAAAGAAGACAUGUAUAUAACUGCUGCACAUCUUAUCAAAGCAGUUUGUGAUUAUAACGAUAUGGUAAAAAGUGGAAAAAUGAAACAAGAAAUGAUUCGCAAUGAACCGCUAGAUAUGCAACAAUAUGGAAUGAUCUUAGGAACGCAUCGUCGACCUGCUCCAAAGUGUGAUCAACUAAUACACACCGAUGAUGCAAAACAUAUUAUAAUAAUGUGUAAUAAUAAUUUUUUUAAACUCGAUGUUAUUAAAAAUUCGUGUACUUUAAAUGAAAAUGAAAUUGGUGAAGCGAUCAAAGAUAUUGUCAGUCGUUCCCAGACAAAAGGGAAACCUGUAGGAAUUUUAACAGGAAAUGAUAGGGAUACGUGGGCAGAAAAUCACUGUUUACUUAAGGAAAAGGGACAUAAUGAAAAAAUAAUCAAGGAAAUUGAACAAUCAAUGUUCAUAUUAUGUCUGGAUAAAGAAAUACCUAAAGAAUCUUAUCAAGACAAAAAUAAUGCUUCUGUUAGAGCUUUACAAUCCUUAACUGGUUCUAAUAGCGAUUUAAAUGCAGGGAAUAGAUGGCACGAUAAAACUGUACAGUUUAUAAUUUCUCCCGAUGGUUUCAUUGGAUUAGAAUAUGAACAUAGUCCAUGCGAAGGUGUUCCUGUUGCUGUAUUACAUGAUCAUAUUAUCAAAUAUAUCACAUCCAAAUUAAAUGAUGCAAGAUGUAACCGCGUCAACACAUACCCAAGAGCAGAAUGUUUAAAAUUUGAAACUAAUGACGAAAUAGAUUGUGCUAUUAAAAAUGCUGCUUGUGUUGUAGAUAAUUUAUCUAAAGAUAUUGACAUGGAGUGUUUUACAUUUAAUGAAUUUGGGAAAAAUGAGAUUAAAAAAUGUAAAUUAAGUCCAGACAGUUUCAUACAAAUUGCAAUGCAAGUUACUUAUUAUAAACUUCACAAUAAACCACCGGCUCAUUAUGAAAGUGCUGGAUUAAGAAGAUUUCAAAAUGCAAGAACGGAAUGUAUCAGAUCAACGAGUAUUGAAUCUGUUUCAUUUGCAAAAGCUUUUAAUGAUAAUAAAUGUAGGGAUGAAAAGCAAUUGAAAGAAAUGAUGCUUAAAGCUGUAGAUGCGCAUAAGAAAUUAGUAUCCGAGGCUACAUUAGGACAAGGAGUAGAUAGGCAUUUGUAUGGUUUAAAAAUGAUAGCUCUUACCGAAUCAUUGCAACUGCCAGAAUUGUAUAAAGAUGUUGCAUAUACUAGAAGCACAUAUUUUAAUUUAACAUCAAGUCAAGUACCUUACAAAUCAUCAUCAUUUAUGUGUUAUGGCCCAGUCGUACCGGAUGGUUAUGGUUGUUGUUAUAAUCCUAGAUCGGAUGAUAUUCUCUUUGCGUGUUCUUCUUUUAAUUCUUGUAAAGAAACGAAUACAAAAGAAUUUGCUGAAACUUUAAGACAAGCUUUAUGCAGAAUGAGAAAUUUAUCUCUUGUUUGAUCAAUCAUAUUUGUAUAUUAUAUAUCGUUGUAACAAUUUAUAUUAAAACAAUAAAAUUAUCUAUUUCAUUAUAA